AGUGUUUUUCUUCUCGAGAUUUAGUCAAUGAAUUCAUAAGAUUUGGGAAAUUACAAGACUCUGACCAUGAAUUACAUAAUAGCAGUCAUUUGGAAGAAAAUGUUGAAUUGUUUUCAAAAAUUAUUGUAAGGAAACUGAUUAGCGGAGUUUGCGUCAAAUAUGAAGAAGAUGAGUAUUUUGAUUAUUUAAUAUCGAAAUAUGGAUCAGAAAGUGGACAUAAAAUUGGAGGAGAAGGAACACAGUGAUGAAGAGGAUCAUCAUAUGCACGAUCACCACAACGACCACACGCACAGACACCACAAGAGAUCCAUUCCCAAUCAUUUACACAAUGAAACAAAUGAAUCCAAAUAUCAUUGUCUUGACCACGACUUCUAUUUAAGA